AAACACAUAAGUUCUUUCAAAUCCAAGAUUUUGUCAGAUUUUGUGACAAAACAGUCUUUAAAUUUAUUUUCUACAUUGAAACUCAGUCAAAAUUUUCUUUGCUUUGAUCCAGAAGUAUGGCCACAACUAGAGGAUUACAAUAAUGCAAAAGAGAUAGUGACUGCAGUACGGGUA